UGAACAAGACAGGAAGGAGCAGAGACUCGGUUUCUAUUCAGAGAAAGAGAAUCUGUUCUUCAGUCUCUGGCAGCAGCUGAAAUGGAGCAGCAAGAAAAUCAACUGGACAGAGAAAGAUUCUCCUGUUUGAUCUGUGUGGAUCUACUGAAGGAUCCUGUGACUACUGGCUGUGGACACAGCUUCUGUAAGAGCUGUAUUGACAACUGGGACAAUGGGGAGGAGAGAGGAAGCUACAGCUGUCCUCAGUGUAGACAGACCUUCACACCGAGCCCUGUCCUGGAGAAAAACACCAUGUUAGCUGAUUUAGUGGAGGAGCUGAAGAAGACUGGACUCCAAGCUGCUCCUGCUGAGAGAGAGCUCGGGCUGAGGAGACAAACCAUCCAGCAGAGAGUCCAGGACACAGAGAAAGACGUGAAGCUGCUUCAACAGGAGGAGGAGGCCCUCAAUGGCUCUGCUGAUAAAGCAGUGGAGGACAGUGAGGAGAUCUUCACUGAGAUGAUCCGUCUGCUGGAGAAAAGAAGCUCUGAUGUGAAGCAGCAGAUCAGAUCCCAGCAGGAAACUGAAGUGAGUCGAGUCAGAGAGCUUCAGGAGAGACUGGAGCAGGAGAUCACUGAGCUGAAGAGGAAAGACCAGGAACUGAAGCAGCUCUCAGACACAGAGGAUCACAACCAGUUUCUACACAACUACCCCUCACUGUCACCACUCAGUGGAUCUACACACUCAUCCAGCAUCAGGAUCCGUCCUCUGAGGUACUUUGAGGACGUGACAGCAGCUGUGUCCCAGGUCAGAGGUCGACUACAGGACAUUCUGAGUGAGACAGAGACAGAGAUUUUACAGAUUGUGUCUCAAAUGGAUGUUUUACUGCCUAAACCAGAGCCAGAGACCAGAGCUGACUUCUUAAGAUAUUCACAGGACAUCACACUGGAUCCAAACACAGUACACAGACGUCUGUUAUUAUCUGAGGAAAAUAGAAAAGUAACACGUAUGAGAAAAAUACAGUCUUAUUCUGAUCACCCAGACAGAUUCAAUGUUUGGCGUCAGGUCCUGAGUAGAGAGAGUCUGACUGGACGUUGUUACUGGGAGGUGGAGGUGGAGGUGGAGGUGAGAGGAGGAGUUGCUGUAGCAGUCACAUACAAUAACAUCAGCAGAGCAGGGAAAUCAGAUGAAUGUGGAUUUGGAUACAAUGAUAAAUCUUGGUCAUUAUAUUGUGAUAGUUACGGUUAUAUCUUUUGUCACAACAACAUCGACACUCCAGUGUCAGGUCGUCUGUCCUCCAGAGUAGGAGUGUACCUGGAUCACAGUGCAGGUGUUCUGUCCUUCUACAGAGUCUCUGACACCAUGACUCUCCUCCACAGAGUCCAGACCACAUUCACUCAGCCGCUCUAUGCUGGAGUUGGGGUUUAUUAUCCUAGAGACACAGCUGAGUUCUGUAAACUCAAAUAGACUCGAGUCAUUAAAAGAAGUGAUUUAGAUUCUGUGUGUUAAUCUUUAACUUCUCUUGUCUCCAUGUUUGUUGAUCAAAGUUCUUCGUGGUGGCGUUUCUGCUCCGCACAGAGAUCAGCUGUCAAUCAAACACUGACCUUCCUUUAUCACACAUAUUCAUUUCUCACUUUGUAAAGACAGAAAUCUAUAAUUACACUGACAUUAAUGUGUUUGAAAGAACUAAUGUUGCUGUUGUUUUCUAAAUCAAAGUAGAAAUCAGGUUGUGUGAUGUUUUAGAACCUGUGUUGAUCCUGAUCCUCAUCAAUGAAAUGAUUGUUUGUUCUGUUCUUUUCCACAUGUGACAUGAAGGUGAAACAAACUGAGUGUGUGUCCAUGAACUCACUGAACAGACUUUACUGAUGAAACCAUCAAUUAACUCAGAGCGUCAACAUGUCCAACAGGUCAACUUCACUCUGGUUGGAUUUACAGAGCAUCAAUGUUAUGGGAUGUUUGGUCACAUUGUAAAUGUGGAACCUGGUUUGUUUUUAUCACAGCUCAUCUCUGUAAAGUGUGAAUCCACUCGUCCUCAUUGUAUUUACAUAUUUAGUGAACGGGCAUAUUGAUCUGCUGCUGCGUAGGUUUCUGUUCUUUCUUUCUCGAGUGACUCUGAGGGUUUGUUCUGCAGCUCACAUCACAUGUGUUUCUUAUACAUGUCUAUAUACAUUUAAAUCUCUUAUAUAUGUAUAAAGCAAUACAAAUCUAAUGUGUGAAGAAGCUAAAGUUGAAAUAAAGAAUAAAUCCAG